GGGCGGUGACUGCAUUGCGCCGUCGCCGUCAAUAGGUGGACCCCCUCCCGGGGAAAUAAAGCCGCCCGAGCCGAAGCUGGCAGCCUCUGCUGUCUGAGACCACAGCUGCCGCAGCCGCCUCGCCUCCGGUCACAGCCGCUGCUGAGCUCUCCAUCCCUCCGCAAGCGCCGGCCUGCCGAUAACAGAUCCCGAGGGGAGGAAAGAUGGGGAAGGAGAAGACCCAUAUCAACAUUGUUGUCAUUGGACAUGUGGACUCCGGGAAAUCCACCACCACCGGCCACCUCAUCUACAAAUGUGGGGGCAUCGACAAAAGGACCAUUGAGAAAUUCGAGAAGGAAGCCGCGGAGAUGGGGAAAGGCUCCUUCAAGUACGCCUGGGUGCUGGACAAGCUGAAGGCAGAGCGUGAGCGAGGGAUCACCAUCGACAUCUCUCUGUGGAAGUUCGAGACCACCAAGUACUACAUCACCAUCAUUGACGCCCCCGGGCACCGGGAUUUCAUCAAGAACAUGAUCACGGGGACUUCGCAGGCCGACUGUGCCGUCUUGAUUGUGGCUGCUGGGGUAGGCGAGUUCGAAGCCGGCAUCUCCAAAAACGGCCAGACCCGCGAGCACGCCCUCCUGGCGUACACCCUGGGCGUCAAGCAGCUCAUCGUGGGCAUUAACAAGAUGGACUCUACGGAGCCGCCGUACAGCGAGAAGCGCUACGAUGAGAUCGUCAAGGAAGUCAGCGCCUACAUCAAGAAGAUCGGCUACAACCCAGCGACCGUUCCCUUCGUUCCCAUCUCUGGCUGGCAUGGCGAUAACAUGCUGGAGCCGUCUCCCAACAUGCCUUGGUUCAAAGGCUGGAAAGUGGAGCGCAAGGAAGGGAACGCCAGCGGAGUGUCGCUGCUGGAAGCUCUGGAUACCAUCCUGCCCCCCACCCGCCCCACAGAUAAGCCUCUGCGCCUGCCCCUUCAAGAUGUCUACAAGAUCGGAGGAAUCGGGACCGUCCCCGUGGGCCGCGUGGAGACGGGGAUCCUGAGACCCGGCAUGGUGGUCACCUUCGCUCCCGUCAACAUCACCACAGAGGUGAAGUCGGUCGAGAUGCACCACGAGGCCCUGAGCGAGGCGCUGCCGGGGGACAACGUUGGCUUCAACGUCAAGAACGUGUCCGUCAAGGACAUCCGCCGUGGCAACGUCUGUGGCGACAGCAAAUCCGACCCACCUCAGGAGGCGGCCCAGUUCACUUCUCAGGUGAUCAUCUUGAACCACCCCGGCCAGAUCAGCGCUGGAUAUUCCCCUGUCAUUGACUGCCACACUGCCCACAUCGCUUGCAAAUUCGCCGAGCUGAAGGAGAAGAUUGACCGGCGUUCCGGCAAGAAGCUGGAGGACAACCCGAAAUCCUUGAAAUCGGGGGAUGCCGCGAUUGUGGAGAUGAUCCCGGGCAAGCCCAUGUGUGUGGAGAGCUUCUCCCAGUACCCACCCCUGGGGCGCUUUGCCGUGCGCGACAUGCGGCAGACCGUGGCCGUGGGCGUCAUCAAGAACGUGGAGAAGAAGAGCGGCGGCGCCGGCAAGGUCACCAAAUCGGCCCAGAAGGCCCAGAAGGCUGGCAAAUGAAUCGUAGGUGCCCAGUGCCUCGCGCAGAAACCAUCCCCGCAGCCGGGAUGCCGCCACCUUCUCCCCGAGGGGCAUGCGUGCACAUCCGCUUGUAAGAGUCUGUAUGUCAACGACUGGAUGCUCACCAUUAAAGUCCAGUGGAAAUUCUUUAAAAGGAAAAGCAUGUCCUGGCGUCCGUGAGGCUUUGUGUUCAAAUUUUACCAAUAAAACUGGUACAACAUCCACAGCGAAAA